AAUGCAUUUAAAAACUGUAAUUUAGAAAUUCCUAAAAGAAUUUACAUUCAACUUUAGUCAAUAAACUAACUUGUGAAUUUUCAAAACCACAGGGACUAACUCAUAAAAUCAUUAAAAACAGCAGGGUUGGAUUUUAACUUUUUUUUUUUUAAAAAAAAAAACAUUAAGAGGGCAUCAGAUUACAAGAUCUUGGAAUUAAAUCAGACAAUAAAUUGGGGGAGGGUUUUUCGAUUGUGUUGAUUAUUAGGUUUGAUACCUCCUUUCAUUGCAACGGUCAUGCAUAUCCCAUCAUACAGAUAUGCUUUAAAAUGCAAUUAACCAAUAAUUAUUUCAUACGUAUUUGCUUGCCUAUAUAAACCGAGCAGGGUUACCAUCUUUUCUUUUUCACACUGGAAUACAAAUCAUCCGUCUCGACUUCUCUUGCCUGGGAAUAACUUCAACAUCAGGCCAACCUGUGUUAGCUUCAUGGCCUUGCAACAGAUGCAUGAUGUGCAACCUCUUUCAAGUCACAGUAAUUCAGCAGGAACAUGUUCAAAUCAAGAUGAUUUUCGGCAAGCAUUACUAAACUCUAUCAAUGAAACAACAUAUAACAAUUCAAUGGCCAAACAAUUAAUAUCAGAGGAGGAAUCUAAACUAGUUGCUGCCAAGAAACACAGCAUGGCUGAGAGUAACCGCCGGAGUCGAAUCAAUACCCAGUUCACUACCCUUCGUACCAUUCUCCCCAACUUGAUAAAAGUGAACAAAGCAUCAGUGCUUGAAGAGACAAUCCGGUGCGUGAAAGAGCUGACAAAUACAGUGUCAGAAUUGAAAGAAAUAUAUGGUGGUGGUAGAUUGGAAUGUGUAUUUCCUGGUGGGGCUGACAAGUUAAGAAUCGGUUCCUGUGAGGGGAAAGGUCAGGAGGUUGUGAAAGUAGUAUUCAGCUGUGAUGAUAAAAGGAAGCUAUUGUCUGAUGUUGCAAGAGCAGUGAGAUCAGUGAAAGGAAAGGUAAUGAGGGCAGAGAUGGUGACAAUGGGUGGAAGGACCAAGUGUGUUUUGUGGGUACAAGGAAUAAAUGGGAAUGAGGAGUUAGAGAUGCUAAGGAGGGUUCUAAAUGCUCUCACCGAGAAGCCAAAUAUGGCGAGGACAUGUAACAGGCCAAAGCUUACUCUGUUGUGAUAAUUUGUGGUGUAAAAUUUCAUGGAGGCUGUUAUUUAGUGUAAAUUUUAUUUUAUAAAUAGUAGAUAGACAGCAGGAUGCAUGCAUGCUACUCUUAGAUUGUAUACUUAGAAUAGAGAACUAGUUAGUGUAUAUGUAAUGUUUCACAAGGUUUUACUUUUAUUUAUAAACCCAACAACAAGAAUCUGAGAAAAAAGGCCUGGUGCUUGAUUCUGAAGAGUUC